UCUAGUAAUUACCCCGAGACUGCUGGGCUAUGGCUAGAUGGGGAAAUGUCUUUGUGCUGUUCAACAUAUCAUUGGUGGUUUUAUCACUAGCAAUCCCAGUGUUCAACGAGGCGGAAGCGGAAGUGCCUAGACAACAACAGGAGGAUGGUCAAGCGGAGCCUGGCCUGUCCAGGAAAAAGAGAAUCGAUACUGGUAUCGAACUCACUCAACAGGAGCAGCCCGACGCGGCCAGAGGGCUGUCACGUCAGAAGAGGGUUGACGUGGACAGAGACAACCCGUCCAUCAGAGACCGGCUGAGUUUUGAGAUCGAGUCAGCGUUGAUGCGUCAUAGACGCCAAGCGCUGGAAGAGGAGUCAGAGCUCUCGAGGCAGAAACGUGCAGAUUUUGACGACCAAUCACAAUUGUCGAGACAAAAACGUACAGAUUUUGAGGACGAAUCACAAUUGUCAAGACAAAAACGUACAGAUUUUGAGGACGAAUCACAAUUGUCGAGACAAAAACGUACAGAUUUUGAAGACCAAUCACAAUUGUCGAGACAAAAACGUACAGAUAUUGAAGACCAAUCACAAUUGUCAAGACAAAAACGUACAGAUAUUGAGGACCAAUCACAACUAUCGAGACAAAAACGUACAGAUCUUGAAGACGAAUCACAAUUGUCAAGACAAAAACGCAAUGACCUUGAUAAUUAAUGCUGUAGCGUGAAAAUAAAAGCUCCAAACAAUGGACACUAUUUUAUAGAUUUUACCUCUUUCAAUUUAUCUACGUUUCAAAUACAGAAUGUUUACAUUGGCGCUUGUAGAUUGUAUAUUAUAUACUGGCUUUGACAAUUUAAUCUUUUAUUCUUACUCUCUGUCCACUGAUGCGUCUGUUUGCUUGACAUGUAUGCAGAAGUAAGAGGUUGGGGUAGAGGGGGUGGGGGUGAAGAAGGGGAGGGGAGAUAAUAUAAGAGCCAGACACCAAAUUUAUCAUUCAGAACUGUUGUUUAAAAAAAUAAAAAUAAAAUGUUUGUACAUAAUCAAAUUAUGUUUUAAAAUUCAAGAAUGACGGAGAGCUUAAGAGAAAGAUGGCAGAUGCGUCUUAUUUUUGUUUUUGCUUUGGUGCUCGCUAGUUGUAGACGAGAUGAACUGAGAUACGACUCUGUGUAUUCUAUUUAUGUUGCUUGAUUGCUAAUUAUAUUUGCUUGGUCUUAAAAGUAAUAAGACAUUAUUAUUUUAGUGAAAUACUAUUUUGAACAUAACAUUUGAAAAUUAAAUGAGAUUAGUUUGUUUUCUCUAAAGAGCGACACCAAAUUCCCUGAUAAGAAAUGGUGUGUUUAGGUACUCCUACCAUUGUUAAUGAAUAUAUAGCUACUUACAUUGUUAUCAAUAAAUACAUAGCUACCUAGGCUAUCGCUGGUUGGUCUGUCUUAGUCACGUGGUGUUGCCAUCGACUUAGUAUUGUUUUUAAAUUACCGAGACAUGGUCCGCAUUGUCUCCCCUGUUUUUACAAAAGGUCAAAAGUCAAAUCUGUCUACUCAAUCGGCUGUUCUAAAAUGAUAUCAGUCUCGUUCUAAGCCAAUAAGCCAUACCCUGACCACAUGGGUAUAGUGUGAUUGUCUUGCUACAUUGUGACUUGUGACACAUCUCGCUAUUCAACCCCCUUUGUCAUUAAUGCGUGACGUCAAAUAUUAAUGAACUCCCCCAAUUUAUAAACAACGUGUUCUUUGUGUUAUUAUUUGUAUCAAUUUUUAUUAUUGCUGUAAAUAAUUUGGCUAAUUGUUUUCAACCGAAACAACAUAAUCAUUACACUAUAAUGGCGUGUUAUUUUCCCUUGUAAUACGAGUUCGCUCCCCUUUCAAAUAUCUUUAAUUUUCCGACAUGAAUGACAUUCAUCGUUGUAAACGGUUCUCAAAGCAUUAUUGAUGUUGUUGUUUCAAGUGAAUGUCUAAUCUCGGCUUGAUACAAUUUCCUUUUUUGUUGUUGUAAUAAAAAUUUAAAA